UGUUCGGGUGACACCUUUUGGUGCGCUCGGGGCGGCGUCUCGGGCUCAGUGUAGUCGGAGGCGACGGAGGGGCCGGACGCUCCCCGGCCUUGUUGUCGUCGUCGUUGUUAUGGGGCCGCUAAUGGCGUCCCCGUCCCCGUCGAGAGGCGCCCACUUUAGGUAGCUGAGCGGCGGGGCACGACAGAAGCGGGAGAGGCAAGAUGGAGGAGAAGGCGGCCAAGGAGGAAGGUGACGCCGAGAUCCAAGAGCUGCACGGGCCCGAGCACUGGUUCAGCAAGUGGGAGCGGCAGUGCCUGGCGGAGGCCGAGCAGGACGACGGGGCGCUGCCGCCCGAGUUGCAGGACGACGACGAGGCCGCCGCCGCUGCUGCCGCCGCCGCCACCCCGCAGCCCGAGCACAAGCAGCAGAAGCUCUGGCACCUCUUCCAGAACUCGGCCACGGCCGUGGCGCAGCUCUACAAGGACCGUGUGUGUCAGCAGCCGGGCCUCUCCUUGUGGGUCCCAUUCCAGAAUGCAGCCACUGCUGUCACCAAUCUGUACAAAGAAAGCGUGGAUGCCCAUCAGCGGAGUUUCGAUGUAGGAAUCCAUAUUGGCUAUCAGCGUCGUAACAAGGAUGUGUUGGCUUGGGUUAAAAAGCGCAGAAGAACUAUUCGCAGAGAAGACUUAAUCAGCUUCCUGUGUGGGAAAGCGCCUCCUCCACGAAACUCUAGAGCUCCCCCAAGACUAACUGUAGUAUCCCCUAACCGAGCUACUUCGACAGAAACUAGCUCCUCUGUGGAGACGGACUUGCAGCCCUUCCGAGAAGCCAUAGCUCUCCAUGGUCUUAGUGGCGCAAUGGCUAGUAUAAGUGUUCGUUCGAGUACCCCGGGCUCACCCACUCAUGUGAGCAGCGGCUCCAACAGUAGUCGAAGGAGAAAUGGACUCCAUGACGUUGACUUGAACACUUUCAUAUCCGAAGAAAUGGCACUCCACUUGGACAAUGGUGGAACUAGAAAGCGUACCUCAGCCCAGUGUGGUGAUGGCAUUACGGACUCCCCAACCCAUAAACGCAAUCGUAUGAUCUAAAUGGCAAAACCUUUUGACCCCCACCUCUCCCUCUUCCUCAUUUCCCCCCUCCCCAUGCUGCUUUAAAGGCACUCGAUCCACAGUGUACCUACUGCUGGGGAAACAAACCUGAGGCGCUCUCCUCCCAAGUCACACAGAUUCAAUAAUUGCCAUAAAGGAAAGCUUAUGUACUGACAGUAGAUUCUUCUCUUGUAACUACAGCUUUCUUCAAAUUUAGAUUUCUUUAGCAGAGGACUUCCAAUGUUGUGUAGUAGCUAGCAAGCUCAUCGCAGGCAGAACAUGCAUCCGUUCCAAGGCUAAAAAGUGACCUUACUUGUACUCUUAAAGGGAAAAAAGGAAAUAUCAGACAUUUAUUUGGUUAUAGAAAUGCUUUUCUGUCCUUUUUUUUCUUGCUGUGUUUAAAUACUUGCUUCAACAGUACUGCCAUUUUGACAACAGUGUCAAAAACAUGACUUGGCAUGUAAGACCUGCAGGCUUCUUUUUUGAAUAUAUAUAUACAUAUAUAUAUAAAUAUAUAAAUAUUUUCUUCUUAAAA